UGAAACGGGCCGGCGCAGAGCGAGGAGCGGUGCUAGCGGCCUGCCCUUGGUCGGCCUCGCUGCGCGGAAGACGCCUCUGGGCUGCCCGGUGCGCCAGGGCGCAGGUGGCGGGCGCCGCGGUCCCUCCCUCGGCCUCCAGCAUCUCUCGCGGCAGCUGCUUCUCGGCGGGGGUCGAGACGGGCAUGGUCGGCGCGGCUCGGGGCCAAGCGGGGGAAAGGUGAGCCCGUCUCCGCCCGCAGCCUGAGCCCGGUCCGCCCAGCCAGCGCGCCCCGGCGGCCGCCACGAUGGUCAGCUCGGUCGCCUCCGAGCUCGCCCUGCUCACCCUCGGUAUUCUGUUAAACCUGUGCCAUGCCUUGGAGAACACAACAUUGGUCUUGAGUGGUCCCCCAGUGGCUGCUGCUGUCAGAUCUCAUUUUAACAGCUGUCCAGAUGCUCAUAGCCAGUUCUGCUUCCAUGGCACUUGCAGGUUCUUGGUGCAGGAGGAGAAACCCACUUGCCUCUGUCAUUCUGGGUUCAUAGGAACACGCUGUGAACAUGCAGAUCUCCUUGCCGUGGUAGCUGCUAACCAGAAGAAACAAACCAUAACUGCCUUAGUGGUGGUCUCAGUGAUAGCAUCAGCUGCACUCAUCAUGAUCUGCGUACUGAUACACUGCUGCAGGAUAAAGAAACGCUGUGAGUGGUGCAGGACUGUAGUCUGCAGGCACGAAAAGCCCAACGGGCUCCUGAAAGGAGGAACAUCUUGUUGCCACUCUGAGACAGUUGUCUAAUGGAGACCUGUGCCGCCUGUGAUUCUUAUUGCUAUGUGUAGAUGGGACCACUGCAGUAUCCUACAGGACACCUAAGAUAUUCCAGAGAAGAAUGUUUAAUAUGGACAAAACCCUUCCAGGUUUGGAAGGGUAUUGGCAAGCAGAUACCGCAUCUCUUUGGCUACUUGUCUGUAUCCUCCGUGUUAUGCGUUGGCCUUCUGGAACUUUGCCAAAGGGAAGUCACUCUCCUUGUGACUUCAUAGAAUGUCACACAUCAAACUAAAUGGUAUCCAAGUUACGACAACCAAGGAAUCUCAAAUGACUCUUUUAAUGAAGAAUACAGGCUGGUCAUAAGAGAACUCCACAUGGGACAGCUUCAUGUUUACGUAGCCACAAGAAAUGUGUUUGAAGGGGGUGACUUAUACAAGGAAGGAAAUGUGUACAGGUUGGGCUAGCUUUUUAUUUUCCAAGAGACUUUAUGGAACAUCCUUGAAGGAUAUAGAGCUUUGAUUCAUGCAUUUGUUACAUAUUUCCCUUAAAAGAAGGGACUAGCUAUACAUAGGUUAUUUGAAAGAACAAAAUGCUCAGUUUGAAAAGAUCUGUUUAUGUGUCUGGAAACUUCUUCUAUUUGAAUCCAAAAGUUGCAAGAUGAAGUUUUUCCAGGUAACAGCACAAAGCUACAAGAAUUUAAUGUUUCCACGUUUUCAUAUUAUCUUUCAAAAGAGAAAACUGGGUAGGGGUAAAGCAGCAUUUUGACCAGGGUGACAUCAAAUCUUAUACUUCUGCUUUCUUUAGGGGUAUAAACUGUGUAUACAGAUGUAAUCUUUUUCAGUUAGGUGGAUUAAUUGACCCGAGGUCUUUCUCCUAUAGACAUGAGUGGCUUGUGAAAGGACUCCGAUCUUCCAAUGUCUGUUGUAAGGACUUGGUCCAAGGUCUUCUAGCUGAGGUUUGGAUAUGAGAGAUGUGGCAUCAUUUUGUUGGUCCCAAUGUUGAACUAAGUAUGCAUCUGAUAGUAUGUCGGAACAGAAAUGGGACUGCUCUUCUCAAUAUACUUCUGGCUAGAGAACUCUGAUCUAUAAGAUGCAUUGUCUGUUGCUAAAUUGAUACUAAGCAAACAUUUAUACCCUAUGAGGACAAAUGCUUCCAGCUUCCAAUUUAGAAUGUAAAAAUAACUAAAGAAAAGACAGUACAAUCAUUGCAAUAUACUAAAUUUUGUCUAAAAGCAGUGGUGGUGUUUCUGAAUUAGUAGUAGUACAAUUCUAACUUUAAAAUAUGCAAGUGGAACCUUCCGCUCUGAAAUCAUGAGUUGCCCCUAUUUUUCCCCAUUUAAAAGAGUGUCAGCUUUGGAAAUUUUGCCCGUAAAAAUUCAUAGGAUUCUGUGGCUAGCCUCAUUCAUAAGUCAUUUUAGUUUUCUGGAUUACCUUAACUAAAGCUCCUAUUGAUAUGAAAGCAUCCAAUGCCGUCAAGAGCCAACCUGAAGCAUAAUUUAAAUUAAGGGAUGGUUUUUGUUUGUUUUUUUACCAUUUACCAAGGAUUUUUUUUGGAAAUCCUUGUAGCUGUUAACAGUCCAGACCUUUUUUGUUAUCAUUCUUUUACUGACAUCUCAGUUGUUUAGUUUCCCCAGAAGGAGAAGCGGUCUCUUAAAAAGUAGGUUUUUAGUCUUGUCCAGAAACUUGUUUCUUGUUCUUUUCCUCAAUGACUUAUUAAACUGGACACAAAAGAUAAAUGCCUCUGAUUUUUUGCACUGUUCUCUUCCCAAAGUGUCACAAAGGUCAAAGAACAAUUCAUUUGUAUUGCAUAGUCAAGAAGGAUGUGUUUUCCAAAAGGAUGUCAAAGCCACAGGAGCUCUGAAGUUCUGAUUCAAGGAAAACUCCAGCAAAUAUUUAAUCAUGGGUUGAAAUUCCAUUGGGUGCUCAAACAGAAGAUAAAAGCACCAAUGCCAGAAAUCUGCUGUGCAGUCUCUAUAAUUAAAAUGACAUGUAAUCCAUAUUGAUGGUUAAAAAUAUUUUUAUCUGUUAGACUAGAUUUGGUGCUGAAUGUCACCUGGUUAAUGUGUAGGGGAAGGAAUAGGAAAGAAAGUGUUGUGCAUUAGGAAUAAAUGGAACACAAGUUGUACUGAAGACCAAUAUCACUUCUGUGUCUAGAACUGGGCUCUCGUUGUUGUUUAGGACUCAGGAAAACACGGUGCUUUGAGGCUGCCUGUGUUUUCCCAGCAAACUGAUACUUUACCUGAUGCUUGCUCAUUGUUGCAAAAUCUGGGAGUCUCUUCAUGUGAAAGCAAGUCUGUCUUAAAUGUUUUGACAAGACCAAACUCAUGUAUGGUGCCAAUUUUUGAUGUUCGAUGCAAUUUUUAUUGCCCUCAAAGAUGAAUUUUAAUGCUAGGACCCCUUUCCAGGUAGAAUGCUGAUCUCUGUUAACACCCCUUCCAUUUUUCAUAAUUAAGUUUACUGUUUAUAACCAACCUGAAGUUUUAUUUUUAGUCAAGGUUACACUCGUUUCUUAUGUAUAUGUUGCACUGAAAAGGUUAAUAUUUAAUGUUUUAAUUUAUUGUGUGGUUAAAUUAAUUUGAUUUAUGUAAAAAACUGUUUGUGAUUGGCUGUUUUUUCUUCCUUAAUACGCAGAAUUAUAGUUAUUUAAAUGAGUGAAAUACA